AUGGCCAUCAGCGACUAUCCCCCUGAAUACAAUCCUAAAGUACACGGACCGUAUGAUCCAGCGCGUUAUUACGGAAAACCCGACACGCCGUUGUCUCAAGUGAAACUGGGCGAUCUGCGUGAAUGGAUAAGCUGUCGUAAUAAGUCUCCGAGAGCGAUUGCCGGCGUAUUUUCCAGGGCUUAUUGGAGAUGGUCACACAAAUACGUACAACCGAAACGUACGACGGUCGCUCCGUUGAUUCAUAUCAUCGCCGGCUCGAUGUUGUUUUUCUAUACAAUCAACUACGGAAAAAUUAUUCGUCAUCGUAACUACAAAUAUCAUUAA